CGGUGUACUACAUGAUCAUGGCGCUGGUGAAUCUGGGAAACCUGCUCAACCUUGUGCUCCCAAAUAUUGGAGAUGCGAAUAGAGGAUUUCUGACGACUUUCACAAAUGCGCUUUGCACUACGAUAACCUCUCGUAUCUUGCUCAAUUUGCGCGAUCCGGAGCUGCAAGGCGGUACUCUUGCCAUUGGAAGAUGGUCCAUACCUGGAACGUCGCUCAUGGCUGUGACCCGCUCUAUGGCGUUCACCGAAUCCACAACAGUGACAACGCAACGCACAGAAGACGACUGCGCUCUCGUUCCUGACCAUGUCACCAUUUCCGUCGAAUCGCGGGUCCCACCAACCUCUUCGCCGUCCUAGGGUAUUGCGCAUGUUGUUUUGAGUGGGCCGUGCACGGAGAGGGGCUAGCUGGCGCUAGUCUGUGAGUACCCCACCACUCUUCUCUCCUUCUUUCAAUAUUCAAGCCUAUGUCGUAUGCCCCGGUCACGUCAUUUCACAGUCUGU